AAACUAAAGUCAUAUAAAUAUCUCAACUGUGUUUUAUUUACAUCUGCUUUCUUAUACUAUACUACUUUGGAAAAAAUAAAUGUUGAGCGAUUACUUAUUUUAAAAAAUACUGAAUUAAAUAUGAACAACAACCUUGUUACAAACUUUGAUUCUCUUGAUAUUGACAAUAACUUUGGCAAUAAUGAUAACAAACUAUUUAACAAAGACUUUAAUGAUAAUUCUUGUGAUGCGAAUCUAGUUAAUAAUAAUUCUUGUGAA